GUGCGGAGGUGGAGCGGCGCGCGUCGGCUCGGAGCGGCUAGCAGGCAGGCGGGCUCGGUGGGUGGUGCGACCGAGCGAGGCCACGGCCGAGCCUCUGUAGAAGAAGGCGCCGAGGAGUUGGGCUCUUCCGUGGAAGCCGGCGAGCGGCGACGUUAGGCCGGAGUCAUGAGCGACAGCGGCGAGCAGAACUACGGCGAGCGGGAAUCCCGUUCUGCUUCCAGAAGUGGUAGUGCUCACGGAUCUGGGAAAUCUGCAAGACAUACCCCUGCAAGGUCUCGCUCCAAGGAAGAUUCCAGGCGAUCCAGAUCAAAGUCCAGGUCCAGAUCUGAAUCUAGGUCUAGAUCCAGAAGAAGUUCUCGAAGGCAUUAUACAAGGUCACGAUCUCGAUCCCGCUCGCAUAGGCGGUCCCGUAGCAGAUCUUAUAGUCGAGAUUAUCGCAGACGUCAUAGCCACAGCCAUUCUCCCAUGUCUACUCGAAGGCGCCAUGUUGGGAAUCGGGCAAAUCCUGACCCUAACUGUUGUCUUGGAGUGUUUGGGUUGAGCUUGUACACCACAGAAAGAGAUCUAAGAGAAGUGUUCUCUAAAUAUGGCCCCAUUGCUGAUGUGUCUAUUGUAUAUGACCAGCAGUCUAGACGCUCAAGAGGAUUUGCUUUUGUAUAUUUUGAAAAUGUAGAUGAUGCCAAGGAAGCUAAAGAACGUGCCAAUGGGAUGGAGCUUGAUGGACGUAGAAUUAGAGUUGAUUUCUCCAUAACAAAGAGACCACAUACCCCAACUCCUGGAAUUUACAUGGGGAGACCAACCUAUGGCAGUUCACGUCGUCGGGAUUAUUAUGAUAGAGGAUACGAUCGAGGCUAUGAUGAUCGAGAUUACUAUAGCAGAUCAUACAGAGGAGGAGGCGGCGGUGGUGGAGGAUGGAGAGCUGCUCAAGACAGGGAUCAGAUUUACAGAAGGAGAUCACCUUCACCUUACUACAGUCGUGGAGGAUACAGAUCACGUUCCAGGUCUCGAUCCUAUUCGCCUCGUCGCUAUUAAAGCAUGGAGUUGAAGAUUUUCUGAAACCUGCCAUAGAGCUGGGAUGUUGUUUGUGGACAAUAUUUUUAUUGUCUCCUGUUUAAAAAGUGAACAGUGCCUAGUGAAGUUAGGUGACUUUUACACCUUUUAUGAUGACUACUUUUGGUGGAGUUGAAAUGCUGUUUUCAUUCUGCAUUUGUGUAGUUCGGUGCUUUGUUCAAAGUUAAGUGUUUUCAGAAAAGUAUGUUUUGCAUGUAUUUUUUUACAGUCUACAUUUUGACUGCUGAGAAGUUUCUAUUGUACAAAACUUCAUUUAAAAAAGGUUUUUUCUACUGAAUCCAGGGUAUUCUGAAGAUCGAAGCCUGUGUUUAAAAUGCUACCAAAAUGGCAAAAAGCAACAAUAAAGUUUGAUUUUUACUUUUCUUUCUAACAUCAUGCUUAACAGCUAUUUAGGUUGUCAGUAGUAAAUUUAAAGACAAAAGUACCCAUUUCCUUUGAAGAGUCCACAAAAACAUGCCAUAUUCAAUAUAUCUGCAAAUAAGUGUUAAAAAAAAUAACCUCUGUAACUCUGUACUGCUAGCAGUAGAACUAAAACUCUUCCAACUCAGCAAAUGCUUAAUGCUUAUAUAAAUGUGGAUUUGUCAGCCUUUAUGUAAUCUGUAAUACAUAUAUAUAUAUAUUUAGCAGAUAAUAAGAGUUACAGACGAUGCCUUUAAAAGGCUCUUAAGCUGUACAAGGGGGAGGAUGGUGUUUCAACUAGCUAUCAGCAAGUAACAAUACAUUCCACCACAAUUGUACUCUUGUUCUUCUAGCUUUUAGACUAUAUUGAAAAACUGGGUGCUUCAAAUAAUGGAGUAAGAGAAAGGAACCCUACACCUGUGUGGUGAAUGAACUGAAGACUGCCUGUUCAUUUUUUAAACAUUAUUUUCAGGUCCUUUGCUUACCAAGAGGCCUGAUUUCACUCAAAUGUUUUGAGAACUGUUUAAAUAAACGCAAAUGAAGAGAA